AUGAACCCUUACUAUAAUCCUAACCCUAACCACGAUUCCAACCCUAGUUCCAUCUCGGAUUCCAAUCCCAAUUCCUCUCCCAAUUCUAACCCCACUCCCAACCUCUCCAAUUCAAACCCAAACCAAAACCCAUCGACAAAUAUUAACCCACCAUGGGCAACAUGCCCUAGAGACGCCUUGAAACUAGGAGUGUGCGCCAAUCUUCUUAGGGGGUUGAUUAGUGUUGAGGUGGGUUCGCCACCAGUAAAGCCUUGCUGCUCUCUUAUCCAAGGACUUAUCGACCUUGAGGCUGCUCUCUGCCUUUGCACUGCCAUCAAAGCCAACGUGUUGGGUAUCAAUCUCGAUGUACCACUGUCUCUCAGCUUGAUACUUAAUGCUUGUGGCAACCAAGUCCCAAGUGGCUUCAAGUGUGCCUGA